UCAUCUGGCCACAUCCCCGGGAUCACUCAACAACUCCGCCUCCUCACCAGUGAUUGGCCGCCAGAACUGUAGCUCAGGAGAGGCACACAAGAGGCCAAUCACCAGCGAGGAGUUGGAGCUUGGAGAGGUGGAGCUGAACAGCAGCACGAAGAUCAAAGAAGAACGAGCGAGGGAGCGGCCGGAGAAGGAAGACAGCUAACAGCCAGGUAUGCUGGCUGUAGAUGGGAGAGGGAGGGAGCGAGCCCAGGCUGGAGAAGGAGUCCGCAAGGUAAGUAUCAUUGGUGUCAGUGGGAGGAAUAGUGCCCCAUCAUUGGUGUCACUAAUACCAAUGAUGGGGCACUAUUUCCUCCCCCCCCCCACUGACACCAUCGAUGGGGCACUAUUUCCUCCCCCCCCCCACUGACACCAUCGAUGGGGCACUAUUCCCCC